GCUUCUGGAGCUCCAGACGCCCGAGGUGGGGGACCACAGGCAGCCGGAAAUCAGGCUGGACAGAUGCCUGCUGCCAGAGCAGUGGAUGAUCCAAUGGGAGCCCUCAUGAGAGGGAUGGCGCAGCUACAGAGCGCUAUGACGGAGUCAAUUGCCUCCCGCUCGAAGGAUGAGAUCGUGAAGCCGGGACAAGCCGAAUUGCCGAAGUUGCCGGACCUUUGUUCGAACUCGGCCAUCGAUGUCGGUGAUUGGCUUCAUGGUCUGCAGAACCACAUGGGAGACCUAUCUAGCAAUAGUGGGAUGUGGUGGAAGGAGGUUUUAGCCUGUCUUUCCCGCUAUUACGAAGCGUACCUCUCGGCCUCGCACGUCGGCAAACUUUCCCUAAGGUCGGCGGACUACGAGUCAGACUUCUUGAAGGACACCCGCUGGCUGAGGCUAGACAAGCGCGCAGCCUCUAUGAUCUUGGCGUGCAUCCCGGAGGCCGUGAAGUCGGAUAUCCUUGCGGCCAGAUUGGCUGGGACCCUCCCCAUGUUGGCAAGAAUUGUUGUCUUAUAUCGGCCUGGAUCGGUGGCUGAGAGACAACAAAUACUCCAGGCCUUGGAGUCUCCAACCGCGGCUCGCUCAUCUACGGAGGCUGUGAACGAGCUGAGGAAAUGGAGCAGGUGGAUGGCUCGGGCAUUGGAUAUGGGCUUGCAGCCCCCAGACCCCAGUGUCUUGAUUAAAGGCUUGGACUGUAUGACGAAGUCAGUUCUGAAUGACCACAGCGAUGUUGCCUUCCGUAUUUCUAUGCUUCGCUACAACCUGGAGGUGGACACUCGACCCACCAUCAAAGGGGCCCAGGACCUUCAGCAGGCUUUGUUGUCAGAGCUGGAACAAGUUGCGUUCAGGACUCGAUCUGGAGGCUCAGCUGCAGCUACAGCCAGCGUGAAGGCUCCUCAACCUGCUGGUGGUGGAGAUGGAAGCCCAAGGAAGCAGAAGCCUCCUUGCAAGUUCUACCUUACGGAGAAGGGAGAGAGCCGGGAGAUGUUGGACUUGUGGAAGUACAUUGCACCAACAGACUACGUGUCCUACGAAGCAAGAUGGAGGCAGCCCGACUGCCAAAUCCAAGGCGAGUGCACCCAAGGCACCCGCGCAACCACAGGUGGCAACAGUUAUUACAGAGCCAGCCACAGCUCCGCUACCAUCGGCUGGUGCAACGGGACCUGCCACCUCUAUGGCCUCGUCGAGUACCUCAACGGCAUCUACAACCUCAACCCUGCCGGAAGGACCUUGGUUGCCAAGUUUCUUGGACGAGGCGUGGCGGCCCUCGACUUGAUUUACGAGAUCGAGUGUGAAAAGCUACGUGAGCUUCGCUCCGCUACCAAGGCCAAUGCGAAAUCGCUAUGGAUGUGGGCCACUGACAAGCCUUGGGCCCAACACCUUGAGACGUUUGUCCGCGAAGGAGGGCGAGUACACCAGUUGCAGGCCAUGAAUGCCAUGGGCUCCCCGUUCCUGGGAUGGUCCGAGCUUGAUAAGUCUUUGGCUUCUGAAAGCAUUGAUCUUGGUGAUAAGGCGGGCUGGAUUUACUUGAGGGCUUUGCCGGGAUCUCGUCAACGGAGGAAGAGGCUUAUGUCUAUGCCCUGGGUGGUGCAUUUGUUUUCGGGCCCUGGCCAUGCAGUUGACCCUCUCUUUCGUGAGCUUGAUGAUGGUAGAGUGUUGGUCCAGAUCGAUAUCAACCGCUCCAAGUCCGAGGACCUAGGCAUGAUUGCGGGCGUCUAUCGGUGCCUUUUGUGGGGCGCUGCUACAGGACGGAUUGACGGCUUCUUCGGAAGCCCCCCGGUGAAGCCUGAGUUGGUUCAGAAGAUGAUGUGGUUGGUUACAGUCGCUAAGGCCGCUAGAGCCGAGCAUGGUGGCCACCCGGUGUUUGCCAUGUUUGAAGGAGAGAAGGUGAUGAAGUUGCGUCGUGAUGCUGACGUCGAGAGGUGGAAGGCGGUGGUUGGAUCGUGGGAGAAGUUCGUUGAGGCAACGUGCUUGGAGGAGAUUGGCGAGAGCAUUGUGACCAACUUGGCGUUUGAUGGUGCUCCUCCGGCAGCUACUGAGCGCGGUUCAUCGAGGUGGACCUUUGAGUUCAAGGAGGCAUUGGUUCAAGCUGUAAGGCUUUGGGGACGUGAGCCAGAGGCCUUGCAAGUCGCAAAGUGGGUUAAGAAGUUGGAUAUCAAGGAUGGGGAUUUCAUGGAGUCGCUGUCUGACAAAGAGCUGGCUAUGUGGCGAGCACAU